AUGCGGGAAGUCAACUUCAGCAUCCCUAAUGUGAACAAGGCCUCGGUCAACAUCACAACCACCCUCUACGACCGACGUGCCCUUGAUUGCACAUCCACCCUACCGUUGAUAAACUCGCUGAAUCACCUUGCCUAUCUCACAACUUCCUCUGCACGAAUCCGGGAUAUCCUCACCGUCGAUGGCGGAAUCGAACGACUUGUCUGCAUCCUGAAGGAGGGCAGAAGUAAGGAUCUGAUGGAGAUGUGGAAAUGGAGCCUAGCAUUUCAAUGUGUGGUAAACAUCGGAGUCCGGGGAUCAGAGAACGUGAGGACCAGAGUCGUGGAAGCCGACAUGGUCCCGGUGAUUGCCACCAUCUUGGAUAAUUAUAUCAAGGUGGUGGACAAGGUCCGAUCGCGUGCCGAUCCCGAAUCUCACAAACAGUCUAGCCGAUCGGCCAUCCCAAGCAAAUCCAGUUCCUCCGUUCAUGAGGUCCCCAGCCGGUCUGGUCCCGAAUCCAACACUCCCACCGAAUCUCGUUCUUCGCGCCGCCAAGCCCCUCCUCCAAGCAUCGAAAUCCCCCAACCAUAUUAUCAGGAUAAUCAGCCGACUGACUCGGACGUCAUGGAUGUUACUUCACCUCCGCGCGCUCCGAUGACCUCCCCACCCGACCGCAGUACCUUCCGACAGGACGUUCAUAAUCACCGGACCCAUGACGCUCGCUACACCCGCUCCAGUCAUCGCCUGCGCACCAUGCAGCCUCUGGCCACCGCCAUUCCUCCGAUGGAUACCACCGAGGCAUUUGGUUUGCGACCUGUGCGUGAUGCGGAACGCCUUGCCAGUAUGCUUCCAGGAUUGCAGACGGGCAUAAUCUCACAACCUGAAUCCCCGACAACUCCCAGCGGGCCGCUCCAGUCCCAAGCUCGAAAUAUCCCCCCGCCGCCUCCCCCAGCUCGGCAGAGACCUUCAAUCAGACAGCAGCAAUCUGCUUCGGGUGAAUCGGAUGAUGCCAAUGGAGAGGACUUGGCUAUGGGUGAUGACGCUGUCUUGGGGCAGGGAACUGAGCCUAUUGUUGGUCUACCAAACCGGAUGGAUAUAGACAGCGUUGAUGAACAGUCGACAACUACUAUGAUCGAUGAUGUCUCGGCUAGCCACGGUGGUUUGACUGUCACAGAUCCUUCUGAGGAAGGCCCAGAGGCUGAAACAUUUAACAUCGCUCAUCGCUCUGCAGUCGAUGGCAGCAUAAUCAACAACACCGCCAACACACAAACCAACGGUGGACUGGGUUUAUCCCCCACUCAGGCUCCGAACAACCCUAAUUCCCCCACUCUCGCCCCCAGUCCUUACGCCUUGUACCUCCGUGACCGAAACACCCCCGCGACUCAGGGCGUUCUGACCACCAUGCCCCGGGAUGAAGAUGUCUUAAUGUCCCUGCAGCUCCUAGCAUACGUUUCCAAGUACUGCAACCUACGGUCAUAUUUCCAACGCUCGCACCUUGUUCCCAAACUCAAGAUCGAUAGCGAAUUGCAUCUCUUGGAUGAAAAUGCUGAUCCGUCUUCUCCCGUCGAGUCUCCCGAGGAGGAAGAUGAGUACUUGCUACCUGAUGAUGUCAACAUCUUUCCCUUGGUGGAGAAGUUCACUGUCCGACAUCACUCAAAGGACAUGCAGUACUGGGCGUGCGUGGUGAUGAGAAACCUCUGUCGCAAGGACGAGUCACGAGGUGGGAUUCGUCAGUGUGCAUACUACAAGUGUGGCAAAUGGGAGGAGUUCCAGCGACAGUUUGCCAAGUGCCGUCGUUGUCGACGCACCAAGUACUGCAGCAAAGACUGCCAGAAGGCAGCAUGGGUAUAUCACCGCCACUGGUGCCACACCACCCCUUGA